AAGCUAACCCCACCCCAUCCCCCCCUCUCCAACCGAGCCUUCCACACACGCGCACGCACGCCUCGGGGGAUCCACCUCGCCGCCGGCAGGGCUCCGUCGCCGCUCGCUCCGCUCCGCUCCACGGAAUUAAAAGGAGGUAACCUUCUUGUCGGCAAGUAUGUAUUUUGAAGGAUAUGGGUACCGUGGAAGUACCUUCGAGCAGACAUAUCGCUGCUACCCUGCAUCUUUCAUUGACAAGCCACAGCUUGAAACUGGUGACAAAAUCAUUAUGCCACCUUCUGCUCUUGAUCGCCUAGCAUCUCUGCAUAUUGAAUAUCCUAUGCUAUUUGAAGUUCACAAUGCGGCAGCAGAACGGACUUCACACUGUGGUGUCCUGGAGUUCAUUGCAGAAGAAGGCAUGAUCUACAUGCCAUAUUGGAUGAUGCAAAAUCUUCUCCUGCAAGAGGGGGACAUGGUGUUUAUAAAAAAUGCCAAUCUCCCUAAAGGCACAUAUGUGAAGCUACAACCUCACACAACAGACUUCUUGGACAUUUCAAACCCUAAAGCAAUCUUGGAGAAAACAUUGAGGAAUUACUCUUGUCUAACCACUGGCGAUAGCAUUAUGGUUGCAUAUAAUAACAAGAAGUACUACAUUGAUAUAGUGGAAACAAAGCCUUCCAAUGCUAUCAGUAUUAUUGAGACCGACUGUGAAGUAGACUUUGCUCCACCACUUGACUAUAAAGAACCUGAGCCACCAAUAGCUGCUGUUCCUCCUAGUGCAGCACCUACUGCAGAGGAGGCAGCUGAAGAAGAACCAAAGUUCAUCCCCUUUACUGGUUCUGGGAGGCGUCUGGAUGGGAAGGCUUCUAAAGAUAAGGAUGUAUCAGCCUCAUCCCCUGCCAAACGGCAAGCUAAUUCAACAAAUGGUGUGCAGCCCUCAACAGCUUCCACAUCACAGGGCAGCUCGUCCCGUAAAACCUCAGGAAAGCUUGUCUUUGGUCCUGGUGGGAACCGCCCGUCAAAGGAAGCCGAUAAGGUGCCUGAAAAGGAACCGAAGGAGGAUCCGAAGAAAGACGAACCAAAAUUUUCAGCUUUUACAGGAAGGAAGUACUCACUGAAGGGCUGACCGCCAGAUAGUGUAUUAUAAGUAUUUCCAGCGACAGACAUGGUUAUGGAGACAGAGUUUGGCAUGCUACUGUUUUCCUUGAGGCAUCUCUGGUUGGACCAGUGGCAUCUUGAAUGUUUAUUUUUUGCCUAACUAUGAAUGAUCCUCGUGUCAGAAACGGAGGGGCAACUGAUGUAUAAAAAUCUAUUCAUGCCUGCUUAUGGAUUCUUACUGCGCUUGUCUGUACA